AUGAAGGAUCGUCUAAAUCUGAUGGCAGCUCUGUCUGAGAACAUGCUGAUAGUUAACAUGUUAGUGGGUGUCUUCUUUCUUCCAGGUACUUUGGCUAAAUGUGAUAGAAAACCAGACCUCAGAAUCACUACACCAAAGAAGAUUGAAGCUCUGAGUGGAUCUUGUUUGGAAAUCCCAUGUAUCUAUGAUACAGAGCAUACCAGCUAUGACAGCAGCAGAACUAUCUAUGGAGUUUGGAUGAAAGGUGGUCACAAUUUUGUCAAACAUCCAAAUAUCGUUAUUUUCAAUAGCAGUGGGUCAGUUAACAACUAUUCACUGAAUAUUACUGGAAACCUGAGAGAGAAAAACUGCACCACUCUGUUUCCUGAUGUAAAGACCAGUUAUACAGACGAAUACUUCUUCAGGAUUGAGAACGAGCCGUUCAAAGCAUCAGCUUGUGAUGAUCCUCUCAUUAUAACAGUUAAAGAUUCUUCUUGGAGUCCCAGCAUUAAUAUCUCUGUUGGUGAUCUGAAGGAGCAUCAGUCUGUCACUAUAAGCUGCUCAGCUGUGACUCCCUGUCCACACUCACCUCCUGAACUCACCUGGAAUCUCCAACAAGACUCUGAGAGACAAACAGAGACAAACCCAGAUGGAACCUUUACGACUACAGAGACUGAAUUGACUCUCAGUGUUUCAUAUGCUCCUAAAGACACCUCAGCAUCCAUCAGUCCAUCAGGUUUGGUGUCAGCAGGUAGCUGGGUGGAGCUGAGCUGCUCCAGCAGAGCCAAGCCUCCUGCCAGCUUCACCUGGUUCAGGAACAGCAAACAUGGAGCCAUUAAUGUAUCUGAGGGGCAGGUUUACAACUUCACUGUUACUGAGGGAGGAGAAUAUUACUGUGAGGCUACAAAUGAUCUGGGGACUCAGAGAUCAUCAAUGAUCUUCCUUACAUCUAAAGAUGGAUUCUUGGUUCCAAUCGCAGUUGGAAUAUCAGUGGUCAUCCUCCUCAUUCUUUGCUUGGUUGUGUUUGUUUGGUGAGUAUUGAAGU